AUGUCUCAGUUUCAGCAUCUGAUCACUAUGUUGAUCGCUUUGGGGAUGUUUGAGACGGCGGUUCACUACUACGAAUACGCCGAGUUCAACAAGACUGGGACGAGGCCGCAGGAAGUGACUGUGUGGCAGUGUGGGAUUGUGUUACAGCCGACGCUGGACGGUUUCACACCGAGGAUGCUUCUUCUCGGAGGCGUCUACUUUCUGGCGAGGGAGGCUGAUGAGUUGUUCGGUCAGCUGGGGAGCAUUGACGACUUCGCUGGGAGGAGAGUCGAGAAUGUGGCGUUUCCCUCAGCUCUGAUGGAUUCUCUUCUCAUCGUGUGGGUCUUCGUAUCCUUGUCGGGGACACUUGACAGACUUCGGGUAAGAUAUUGA